GUAUAAACCUAAAGAGUUGGUUCCUUUCCCUAUCCCAAAACCUCCGAUUAUGGCCGGAUCUCUAGGUCUUACGCCGGAGUCCUUGAAGGCGUCUGGCCGGAGCUCCGAUAAGCUCAGCCUUCCUAUCCUUCAGAGUCAAAUCAAGCGUGACCCAGAGGGUUACGAAACUGAGAUCCAUUUGAUUUACAAACAGUUCAGAGCCUCCGUCGAUCUCUUUCAGCAACAGGCGGCUCUCACUUUCUCCUCCGUCGGCUCCGACCCUUCCGUUGCCAAGGACCUCGGCGACCGAGCCAUGUUUCUCGCUCACGUCACUCCGUUUUACCCGAAACAGCUCGCCGCAUUCCCAGCUCAAUUGACUGAUUUACUCCGUACCUCAUGCCUGGCAAUGCCGUCGGUGCUUCGGAUCCAUGUUGUGAAAGCUCUGAUUCUUCUUAUGAAUCGAAAGAGUCUUGUCAUGGAGGAUUUGCUGGCUCUGUUUCUGGAUAUUCAGACUCUUGGUGAUGAAAACAUGCGAAAGCUUGCUUUCUCUCACAUUGUUCAAACCAUCCGUAAGAUGAGUAUCACUGAUCCAAGGCACAAAUCUCUUCAGAAGAUUGUGGUCUCCAUGUUGGAGCAAGAAGAUGAAACCAAGGCUAAGAGAGCACUUGUUACCCUUUGUGAGCUUCACAAGAGAAAGGUCUGGUUUGGUGAUAAACAUGACAGAGUAGCAAUUGCCAUUUGUGAAGCCUGCUUUCAUACUUCACCUAGGAUCCGGAUAUCUUCCCUUCGGUUUCUUCUUGACUACGACAACAUUAACGAUGAGGAUGAUAGUGAUGCUUCAAGCAGCGAUGACGAGGAUUCAAAGAAAGUAUCUCAGGUUGUGUUUAACAGAGAGGCUGUUUACAAGGCCAACAACAAAGGUACAUCUUCUAGCAAGAAGAAAAAGCAAGCAAAACUGCAACGCGCCAUGCGAAGUAUUAAACGAAAGCAGCGUGCGUCGUCUGAGAACACUACUUCAACUUAUUCACCUCUUAAUCAUCUAAAUGAUGCACAGAACUUUGCAAAGAGGUUGCUUCGCCAUAUUAAGUCUGACAAGAGCAGUGGGAAAACUAAUGACAAGAGCAGUGGGGAAACUAAUGACAAGAGCAGUGGGGAAACUAAUGAACGGCGUGAGACCAGGUUGAUGAUUAUAAAAGUUAUUGCACGAACUAUUAGUCUUCACAAGUUGCUUUUAUUCAAAUUUUAUACUUAUCUUGAAGACUAUGCUAAGGAUGGUGUAAAGGACAUUACACAAAUACUUGCAGCAGCAGUUCAGGCUUGCCAUGAUGGGGUACCUUCGGAUGCCGUGGAGCCACUGUUCAAGCAAAUAGUGAAUGAGUUUUUACACGAUCGCUCAAGUCCGGAGGCUAUUCCUGUCGCACUCAAUGUGGUACGAGAAAUGUGCCUUAGGAUUCCCGAGUUGAUGACAGAAGACUUGCUGCAUGAUCUUGCUCAGUAUAAAACGGAUAAAAAGUACCGUACCCAUAGAAAAGCCAUCUCAGCAGCAUCUGCUUCCCUCAUAGCAUUGUUCAGAGAGAUCAACCCUUCGCUUCUAGUGAAAAAAGACCGUGGCCGUCCUGGAGGUCCCAUUGCCAGACCUAAAAAAUAUGGAGAAGUUAAUGUCUUCAGCAAUGUUCCCAAUGUUGAGUUAUUGCAAGAAAGUGAUAAUGAGAAAGACGAUGAUGAAGUGGCGUUGCCUGGGAGUGAUGGUUCCGAACAGGAGCUGAUACCUGAUGCAUGUGGAACUGAGGACGAGGCUGAAGAAGUUUCUAAUGAUGGUGAUGAUAUGAAUAACACUGAAGAUGAUACUUUGGUCAGUGGUGAUGAAGAGGAAGAGAAGAAUGACAGUGAUGAAGCCGAGACUGAUUCGGAAAACGAAGAAGAUGAUGGAGAAGCUUCUGAUUCUUCUGUGGAGGGUAGUGGAAACACAGAGAAAGCAAAGGGGAAGAAAAGGAAGUUAGUAGAUUUUGAUGCGAGUCUCCUCGCUGCUGAUACAAGCCUACGAGCACUAAAGAGAUGCGCAGAAGCAAAGAGGGAACAACCAUCUUUUGCUGAAAGUGAUGGCAUACUUUCCAAUGAGGACUUCCAAAAAAUCAAAGAACUUAAGGCAAAUAAGGAUGCGAAAAUUGCAUUGGCUCGAAAAGGAUUCAAAGUUCCGGAUUCUGAUCAGCUAAGUAAGAAGCUGGUCAAUCCAGCCAAACUUGAAGCUCACAUAAGGCAUAAACUAACAAAAGAAGAAAGGCUGGAGUUAGUUAAAGCGGGUAGGGAGGACCGAGGGAAAUACCAAUCCAAGACUGCCAUCAAGCAGAAGAAGAGCGGAGGAUCGAGCAAUAGACAGAAGGAGCACAAGAAGAAUAUGCCUCUCGCUGCAGUAAGAUCAAAGGCUGGGAAAUCAAAGCGAGUCAAGAAAAAGAAGAAUAGCCUCAGCGGAAGCCAGUUCAGAGGAAGAAAAGCUUGGAAGUGAAAAUGAGCAAAACUCAUCCUUCUUUUUAUAUCUCUCUUUAUUAAAUUAUUUAACAUUAC